AUGGGUGACUAUGAUGAAGAUACUGCAUUUCUUGGACAGACCGGUCCUUACUUCUGGACCACGUUCUUCCUUCUGAACACAGUUUUUGUGUCAACUGGAUUCAACGGACUUUACAUAGUCUUUGUUGGGGCAGCUCCAAAACACCACUGUUUCAUUCCAGACGUCAACCUGACUGAGGAGUGGAGAAAUGCCAUCAUUCCCUUCAGGAUAGUGGAUGGUGUAGAGGUGCAGAGCCAGUGCAGCAGAUACAAGCUGGAUGUGGUUAGAAAUCUCUCUGCCGAUGGGUACGUUCCUAGAAGGGAUGUUAACCUCAGUAGCAUGGAGCAGGAGGGAUGUUUAGAUGGAUGGAAUUACAGUAAAGAAAUCUACCAAUCUAACAUAGUCACUGAGUGGGACCUUGUUUGUGACAAUCAGUGGAAAGUUCCAUUUGCAUCCUCGACUCUCUUUGUGGGAUACCUUUUUGGGUCUCUAAUCUCAGGCCAGCUCUCUGACAGGUUUGGGAGGAAGAAGGUUGUUUUCAUCUCACUUGCGGCCCAGUGUGUCUCAGUCAUGCUUCAGUCCUUCUCCCAUUCAUGGAGGAUGUUUUGUAUAAUGUUCCUCUUUGUUGGAGCCUCACAGAUUUCCAUCUAUAUUUCUGCAUUUGUACUAGGAACGGAGUUAUUAAGUAAAACCAUGCGUAUACUCUUCACAACUCUCGGGGCCUUCCUUUUCUAUUGCAUUGGGUAUAUGACACUACCUUGGAUUGCAUAUGGCAUCAGAGAGUGGAGGACUCUUCUUGCUGUUUUGUCUGCAACCUCUGUGGUCUACAUCCCACUGUGGUGGUUCAUCCCUGAGUCUCCACGGUGGCUGAUCACGCAAGGAAAAUGGAAGGAAGCCGAGGUCAUAGUGAGAGAGGCUGCAAAGAAGAAUAAAGUUCAGGCACCACCUGUAAUCUUUAAAGAAUCUGAGCUACAGUCAAUGCCUCCAAACAGGACAUAUACCAUGCUUGAUAUUCUGAGAUCCAAGAACAUCAGAUGCAUUACAUUAAUGUGUCUCCUUUUGUGGAUGGCAAUUAACAUUGGAUAUUUCGGUUUAUCUUUGAACACCUCCAACCUUAGUGGUAAUCCCUUCAUGAACUGUUUUUUAUCAGCUACUACCGAGGUCCCUGCCUAUGUUGUGUCUACAUGGCUCCUGAAGAAAUGUCCAAGAAGAGCACUUCUGUCAUCAUUCCUUGUCAUCGGAGGAGGAGUCCUGCUGCUUAUCCAGUUCAUCCCUGAUACCCUUCAGCAUGUAGCUCUGGCACUGGAAAUGACUGGGAAGUUUGGCUUUACCAUGGCAUUCAGCAUCGUCUACAUCUACACAGCUGAGAUCUACCCCACUGUGCUGAGGAACGUCGGCAUGGGAAUGUGCUCCUCGGCUGCACGCAUUGGCAGUAUCACAGCUCCUUACAUCAUCUAUUUGGGUACUUAUAACAAGGUUCUGCCUUAUAUUCUCAUGGGAAGUCUCACAAUUGCUUCAUCUGUGGCUAACUUCUUCCUUCCGGAGACCCUCAAUAAAGAUCUUCCAGAAACAGUGGAGCAGAUGCAAGAAUGUCAGGGGUUGUGCAGAGGAGCCAAAAAGAAGAAAUAUGUCGAAAAUGGGGGAAGUGUCAAUCCACCUAUACUAUGUGAAGCCAAACCUGAUGUAUAA